UUUAAUACUUCAAACGUAGACACAGAGUACCGAUGUUAUAUAAUUAGUGUCUAAUCUGGUGGAUUUUUUUACAUGGAAAGAAACAUAUACCUAGCCAAUGUAAUUCGUUUUUACCAAAAAAAUGUGCCAAGUGUUUUUAUAUAGUUCGCCUUACUGCAGAAGUUAAUUUGGUCAAGACUCGUGUAUUAUGCUUUUUAUUAUGGUUUAUAGUUUCAGAUAUACGUGACAUGGUUGUUACGUCUGUGUACUGGUUAUUUUUUGCUGUAAGUAUACUUAAUGUAUUUUUUCCCUUUUGUGUGCUUUGCUAAUUAAUUAAUUAUUGUGGAUUUUGCUGAAUCAUAAUUGAGUAUACUCAAAAGUCAGGCUAGUAAUGCUACAGUAUUGCAUCUAAUCAAUGUCUAAAUUUAAGUUCAUUUGGGGUUAUGCGGAUCUGGUGUGUUGCUGGUUUACCGAUAAUAAUAAUUUCAACUCAUAUUUUUGUUAACUUUAUGCUCGCUGAUUUUUUUAAUUUUAAAAGUUCGCAUUGAUUAUCCUUUCUAAUUGACUGGAUAUGGACAAUUUUCAUAGGUUUCAUUUUCAGUGUUGACCAUCCAGGCAGUGGAUUCUGGGAAAAUGACUUACGGUCUAGUUUACCGACCAGCAGGCUUGCAUUCGGGAGCUUCUGCAGCAUCAGUGUCAUCAUCAACAUCACCCUCCAGUACUGAGAAAUCACAACUUGAAGGGAAUGAAACUGUGAUUUCUACCCGAACAGAGCAGCCUGAUAUCAACGAGUCAUUCAUUAGCUCGAGCAAAACAACCCCAAGCAAUGUUUCUUUGAAUGAUGAUACUGAUAGUGAUGGCUCAAAGUACACUGAAAAUGAUAUUCUACCCUGGUUAAUGCAGUCUGCCGCCAACCCACCUUAUACACCAAAAAGUAAACCAAUUGAAGCAUCAUCUCGUCAAUACCAAGUUACAGAAAAUGCUGAAGUUGAUGCAAACACUCGUAAAAAACGGACUCAUGGCCAUGAUCACAAUCAAAAGGAAGACGAUAGUCAUAAGGAAAAUAAGAAAGUUGGCGGUAAAUCAAAUCACCAUAAAGAAGAAGGUAAAAAAGGCAAAGAAGGCAAAGAAGCUGGAGAAAAAAAAUACACUAAGAAAGGUGGUAAAAAAGGCGGAUAUGAAGAGAAGAAAAAAGAGGAAGGCGGAUCUGGCAAAAUGAAGAAAAAGAAGAAAACCGCUGAUUACAAAACUGAAAAAAAGCGAAAGAAAGGUUCUUUCAAAAAGGGCUUUAACGAUAAAUAUCGUUUUGAUAAAGAAGAUAAAGUGGAGGAAUUCUGGCAUAGUCAUCAUGAAAAAGGAGUAUUUCGUAAAUUUGGGCGUAAAAAAUCAAGUGAACAAGAAGAAAAAAAAGGAAGCAAAAAGAAGAAAAAGAAAAAGGGUAAGAAGAAAACUAAAAAAACGAAGAAACAGGGUAAAAAAGAAAAGAAAGAAGGCCACAAGGAGGAUUCUGGUCAUAAGUCUGAGAAAGGAAGCAAACAUACUUAUCACCAUGAAACAGAAUAUGGAAAAAAUAAAAAAUCAAAAUCAUCCAAGGAAAAGAAAAUCAAGUGACAUGUUAUUUAAGGAUAUUUUAAAUACGAGUGUUUUAAUGUUUGUAUUAUGUAUUACUUACUACUAGAUAUGGCGCGUUUUAUUAACGAAAAAUGUAAAGAAAAUCAAAAUAUAGUAUUUUUACGAUAGCAGGUGGUGUGGUGAUGUCGUUAGAUAUGUAGAUAGGCAACUUAUCCAACAUACACUUCAGACGUUAUGUUUGAAAGGGUUCAAAUAAGUAUUAUAAAUUUUUCUUGCGUUAUAAAAUAUGUAAAUCAUCCCAUGUUCAGCCUUACUUUCUCACAAUUAUUUUUUCUCCUAAUGAAUGGCAAAUGAACAAAACUUUAGUACGAAAUCUGAUUAUUUAAGCAGGUGUAACACCUUGAUAACUUGUCAGUUUCUCGUCAAUAAUAAAAUAAAAUAUUUAUUAACAGAAAUUCAAGAGGGAAACAAUGAGAAUAUAGUGUCUAAUAUAGCUUGAAAUAUUUUUCAGUCGUCAAGUCGCGACUUUCAAAGGGUCAUGUUUUAAAAUGACGAGAAAAAGUUCAUAUAAAAUUGGAAUUGUUGAUGUUGGUAUUUUAUGCUUUUAAAUACACAUAUAUACCUAAUUUGUUUUUUAAAAAAAUAAUUAAGAUACCUGAUUAUAUUUUAAUUUUAUUGGCAGGCUGUACCUUGGU